GUAACAGUUACUUCUUCCUUUCUCUUUCAAUCUUUCUUCACAAUAUACGCACCUAUUCACUGUACUAGUCAUAUAUCUCAACUAGGUUUCUUGAUUUACCAAUUAUCUCAAUUGGGUCACUUUGGUUCUUGAAUUCUUAUUAUCUUUCUGACUUUACUUGAUUGUCAUUGUAAUGGAAAAUUCAAUUCUUCUUCAUAGUGGAAAUCAGUUCCAACCCAAGUUACCCUUUUUUGCAAUUAGGCCCAAAAAGCUAUCACUAGUUAAGCGUGUUAAAGCGACAGGCAAAAGUCCUGGGGAAGGUGCAAGUGGUGAUGAAUCAGAUGAAACUUUACAGGCUACAAUUGAAAAGAGUAAAAAAAUGUUAGCCAUGCAACAGGACCUACUUCAACAGAUUGCAGAAAGAAGAAAAGUAGUCUCUUCAAUAAAAAGCAGCCUCGCAGAUGCCAAAGGUACUUAUGAUGACGGGAAUGGUAGCUUAUCAAAUAUUGACGUGGGUAAAGAAUAUAAUGGUACUUUAUCUACUCCAAUUACUGAUGUCCAAAAAACUACACCGCCAGCUAUAACCCAAGAUUUUGUUGAAAAUAAAAAAGAAGUUAAAAGGGACCUGUCUCAGGAAGAGCAGUUGAAAACCGGUACUCGGAAGGCAGCUCAAUCCGAUGAAAGGGCCCCACUGUCAAGAUCAUCCAUCACGGGCAGUAGCCAGACUUCCUCUACUGUAACUUCUGCCAAAAGAACAUUAAAUGUCCCUCGAGAAGCUUCAAAGUCCAGUCAACAGAAGAUCCAGUCUUAUGUGCCUUCAUUCCUUCAAGAAUCUUCAGCACAAUCCUAUUUGGAACAGAAGAGUGACAAUCUUGAAGGAUCAAGUGCUGAGAAGGCAAACACAGAGACUGAAGAUCCUGUGGAUGUAGAUGAGAAACCGCCUCCAUUGGCAGGAACAAAUGUGAUGAACAUUAUUUUGGUUGCUGCGGAAUGCGCUCCAUGGUCUAAAACAGGUGGGCUGGGAGAUGUUGCUGGAGCAUUACCCAAGGCUUUGGCUCGACGUGGCCACAGAGUUAUGGUUGUGGCACCUCGUUAUGGCAACUAUGCUGAACCUCAAGAUUCUGGUGUAAGAAAAACUUAUAAUGUUGAUGGUCAGGAUGUGGAAGUGACUUUCUUCCAAGCCUUUAUUGAUGGUGUGGACUUUGUUUUCAUUGAAAGCCACAUGUUUCGGCACAUGGAGAACAAUAUUUAUGGAGGGAAUCGUGUGGAUAUAUUAAAACGCAUGGUUUUAUUUUGCAAAGCAGCAGUUGAGGUUCCUUGGCAUGUCCCAUGUGGUGGUGUCUGUUAUGGAGAUGGAAAUUUGGUGUUUAUUGCUAAUGAUUGGCAUACUGCUUUAUUGCCAGUGUACCUGAAAGCUUAUUAUCGCGACAAUGGAAUGAUGAAAUAUACAAGAUCUGUCCUUGUGAUUCAUAACAUCGCUCAUCAGGGUCGUGGUCCUUUGGAGGAUUUUUCAUAUGUAGGUCUUCCACCACACUACAUGGACACUUUCAGGUUGUAUGACCCAGUAGGAGGUGAGCAUUUCAACAUUUUCGCAGCUGGUCUAAAGACAGCAGAUCGUGUAGUUACAGUUAGUCAUGGAUAUUCAUGGGAACUAAAAACUUCCGAAGGUGGCUGGGGAUUGCAUGAUAUAAUUAAUAAGAACGAUUGGAAAUUUCGGGGUAUUGUAAAUGGGAUCGAUACAAAAGAGUGGAACCCUGAGUUGGAUGUUCACGUACAGUCAGAUGGUUACGUGAACUACUCCCUGGACACACUGCAGACCGGCAAGCCUCAAUGUAAAGCUGCAUUGCAGAAGGAACUUGGUUUACCAAUUCGCGAUGAUGUCCCACUGAUCGGUUUCAUUGGGAGGCUAGACCCACAAAAGGGUGUUGAUCUGAUAGCUGAGGCAGUGCCUUGGAUGAUGGGUCAGGAUGUGCAACUGGUCAUGUUGGGGACGGGCAGGCGUGACCUUGAACAGAUGCUAAGGCAAUUUGAGUGCCAACACAACGAUAAAAUUAGAGGAUGGGUUGGUUUCUCUGUGAAGACUGCUCAUCGUAUAACUGCUGGUGCAGACAUUCUUCUCAUGCCUUCUAGAUUUGAGCCUUGCGGAUUGAACCAGCUUUAUGCUAUGAAAUAUGGGACUAUUCCUGUUGUUCACGCAGUAGGAGGACUCAGAGAUACUGUGCAGCCUUUUGAUCCUUUUAAUGAGUCAGGACUAGGUUGGACCUUCAGUAGGGCUGAAGCUGGUCAGCUGAUCCACGCAUUAGGAAAUUGCUUACUGACUUAUCGCGAGUACAAAAAGAGUUGGGAGGGAAUUCAGACACGCGGUAUGACACAAGACUUAAGUUGGGAUAAGGCUGCUCAGAACUAUGAAGAAGUUCUUGUCGCUGCCAAAUAUCAGUGGUGAGGUUCAUGCCAUUCUAUCAAGUUUUAAUGAAGGCAUUUCAGCUCCUCCUUAAGAGGGUCUAAAUAUUGAGUUUUUGCUGGGUAUAUCUGAUAACGGCAUUAAUUUUGCUUAACCAAUGCAAGUCCAAAAUCCUCGUCUUUCUUCAAGUGACUGAAUUUCAGAGCCCUAAUCCCGUCUCGACAUGAGAGGAUGCAACAAGUUGGCUAAUUGUCAUACCACUACGUCAUCUCGAAUGGUUGCUGUGCUUUGGUCAUAUACAUUUGUAUAUAUUCUUUUUAGCUACCAACAUCUAGUUAUAUAUAGCCAAUCUCUACUCUAUCUUUGUUGAAAGUUGUAAGGAAUCAGCUACUGUCAAAUAUCAUGCGUAUGAAUGUGACCCAAUUUUAGUUUCCAGA